AGCAGACGACCCGUCGAAGAUCUGCAAAUAGGCUUAGGCUGAAUGAAAAAAGAUGGAUGUGAGAAUUCCUAAAGUAUGCAUUCCAACUAAAUCAAACAGGCCGUGUGAUGAAUUAAGAAAUUCACAGAAUUGCAUCCAAUCACCAUUGACAGCCACAACUUAUUCAGAAACUGGCUCAGGUGUCCAAAAGUCAGCAAUAAUAGCAGAAGGCAGUGCUGCAGGCAAACCCAAUGUCGUUAGUGAUUGGCAGGUGAUGGGACUGGAUGGCGAUGUUGCCUCACCUAGAAAUGAAGAUGAUGGAAUGAGCGAUGAGGAUGAAGGGACGUAUGCUGUUGUCAUUGACGAUACAUUAAGUAUGGACAGUAGUUCACCAGAGCCAAGAUGUGAAGAUGUCAAAUCAGAAGUUGUCGAUAACUGGGGAGAUGCAGUACCUUACAAUGUGCUCAAGUCGUCCUCCACUACCCAAACUAUGGUCAAUGUUGCUGAAGGCGUGUCUUAUUAUGGGGAUGCAUCUUAUCCCAUCUUGGGUUGUUUGUCACCAAGAUCUACACUCGGUGAUACUCGACACGUCACUGAUGCACCUUCUUCAAGCAUGUCAAGUUUUAAGACCAUGGGAAAUAUAGUGAAACAAGAACCUCCAGAAUGCAGUGGACAGUUCACAUACUCUAUGUCCAGUCUAGAGCUAGAGGGUCAACUAGUGGACCAGGCCAUAGACAACCUAAUGACCCUACCACAGGUGUUCACAGAGGUGGUUGAGAGCAAGAAUAGUCAAAGUGCAGAAAUACAGCUUCAACAACUUAAACUUGCAUCAGCACAGAAAGAGUAUGAAGAAGCUGUGAAAGAGAACAAAGCCCUGCUGGACGAGAUAUCCAGUGUAAGCCAUGAUAUAGUCCAUACCCAUCAGGCAGUGGUAAAGGGAGAAAAACAGUGUGAUGCAUUGCGGCAAGAGGUAGCAAACUAUGUGUCGAUCUGCGAGGACAUACAACAGACAGUAAGUUACAAACAGGAGGAAUAUGACCUGGAGAAAAGUAAAAUUGAGAGCUAUCAACUGAAAAUAGCCGACCACGUACGUACUGUAGACAAGCAUGAAAACCAGAGUGACACGAUGAUUGAACUUCGGCAGCUGGAAGAGGAUGUGAAAGGACUACGUAACAAAAAGAUAGAAAUUGAAUUAAACAAAGAAGGAUUUGGGAAUAUGAAGGACGGGACGUCAGAGAAACAGAUCGCUGAUAAGUUGUCGCAUCUGAAGGAGGAACUCGAAACACAAACAAAAGCUGCUGAGGAUAAAACGAAACUGACUGAAGACCUGAAGGAUCAGCAAAAGCUUCUCGAACAGUCCGUCCUUGUUUUACACAAACGUAACGCGGCCCAGCUGACUCGUCUAAAAAGACAGUUAAAGGAAGCACAGAUUCGGAAGAGGCGCUGGAACGACCAAAUCUCACAGCUUGGAAACGUCGUGUCUGACCUCAAAAAACAACUCCUGGAAUAGUGUGGAGUUGUUUAAUAUACCAUAUACUCAGGUUGUCAAGUUGUUCAAUUCAUUUAUCAUUCUCAAUUCUGUUUGCCUAUCACAGUUCAUACAAUAUGUAACAUUUUUUCGCAUUUAAUUCAUCUGGUUUUUUGGGGGGGGGUUUUUAAAAACUUUUUUGCAUUGUAUAUUACAGAUCAUGAGGUGUAUGAUCAUCAGUAAAUCUGUAUAAGAUUGCAUACGGUUUAUUUAAUAUUCUUUUAAUACCAUAUUAUCCAAACAAUGGCCUAUAAAAUAAUAUUUCCACACCAUAUUAUGUGGCCGUAAACUCGUACACUUGUAUUAGAGUCAAAUGCCUGUCUAAUGUGUUGGAUUAAAACUUGUUAAUCUUGGUUACGUGUUUCUAUGUUUGGCACAUUGGUAAUAUGUAUAUAUGGUGUAAAUCACAAAUGUAUUAAAAGGUCAGUUAAUGUGACCACUUGUAAAUUGUGCCUUUGUUAUGCAACAUGUUCCAUUGAAACAGUCUUACAUUGUAAGUUAUUUAUUCGUCCAUACAUUGUUAAUAACUUACAUUUAGUAAUAGGAAUAUUUAGAGAUAUCAGGGACUAAGUUGUAUCAAAUAAUAAAGAAAUAUUUGAAUAUAGAUCGUGAGUGUAUUUAUCAUAUUAAUAAUAAUCAUCAAAUGCGUGUGGUAUUCCCGAUUGAACUUUUGAUCGUGCAAUCAGAUUGAUUUCGUUUUGAGACUUUGCUUUCCAACGUUAAGAAGCAGUGUUAAGUUGAGCGUUUUCAGAAUGUACAUGUAUAAGUUAAUGUCGUGCUGACAAAAUAUUUGAUAUGUCACAAUUGGCAAUGAAUCCUUCAAUAUUUUUAUCCGACUUCUACAAAUUGUGAAGUGAGGUUUAGGUUAAUUCAUAUUACUUGUUCGUUUUUACUUAAUUAUUUAGAGAACUAAAUCAAUGAGUGCGAGAUAUGAAAAAGAUAUUCAAGAAAUAUUUUCAAUAAUUGUCGCCCAAUGAAAACUGCACAAGUUACUCUUUAAACUCGUGAAUAUCAUGUGAUUUACACUUGUUUUUCGCUUUAAAACUGAAUGAAAGUUGGCUGAAAAAAAAAUUAAAAAUAUCCAAGCAAAGGCAAAUUGUAUUAUGUCUGUAUGCAUUUAUUAUUUUUUGUACAUUUUAAAUGAGUGUAAUAACAGGAUACAAAAGAUAUUAUGAACACAUGUUCGUCAUGAAUGAAGUUAUAAUGGAUAACAAGGGAAGAUAAUCAGUAAGUCAAUACUAUACAAGUUCUCUUAAUAAUCGACAUGUCUGGUUAACUUACCACUAAUUUUCGACACUGUUUAACAUAAAUAUGUAUGUCUUUAUUUCGCCUAAGAAAACUGUAUCAGUUUUUUAAUCACUCGAGAAAAGGUAAUUUAGAAUCAAAAUGAAUAUCAGCAUUGAAGUAUUUUGCAUAUUAAUGCAUCACAAUGUUGCGCAUGUGGUAGUGAUUGGACGUUCUGCUGCAAAGGCUGGACAGCAUCUUGACCCCUCCAUGUCGAUAAGAGAAUAGGUUCUGUGACUGGGAUGGUGCAUCUGUGAAGUGAGUACGAGCAAGAUGGUGUUCAGACACCUGAAAGAAGCAAACAGGGACAACAUAAGUACACACCACAAGCUCGGGACACAUUUUUUGUUAUAAAAUGUAAUUGGUUAAUAUUUUUUUUUCUGAAAAAUCUUUCGUCGCUCUUUUGAUUUCAAGGUAACUUUAAGGGUCUUUCCUGCAUAUAAACAUGAUCUUUUGCAUAGCUAUUAUCAUUUUGUAUUCAGUCAAAAUCCUAAUUUUAAAAUACAUUAUGCCAUUAAUAUGUUAAAAUUUUUACAAUGCCUUUGAAAAUACUGCACUUCAAUAUUUUGUUAACACAAUGAAUAAAGUUUUUAUAUCAGGAAAUAUGGAAAGUGAUAUUUUCUGUUGCUGCUUAUAAAAUGCCGUUAUUCUAAAUCGAUAAGAAAUAACAAGUUAAGCCAUUGGAAGCUCUGUUAAACCAUUUAACCAUACUCCAUUUGUUAAACAUCAAAAAUCAUUCUGUGGAUAGUGUGGCAUCCAUCAUAGUUAACAC